AUGCUGGCCCCCAUAUUUGUCGCAAUGUUCGCCAUUCAAAAUCAGACAUUGGCGAAAACAUAUUAUUUUAUGACUGUUGAAAAUCUUCCGCCGAAUUUCUGGCUAGACGAGUUCGCCGUCGUUUCGCCAAUCACAUCGGUAUUUCAAAUAUCCGAAUAUAUCAUUUUCUUCGUAUUUGUCUACACAAUUAUAACAGCAGUUGCAAUAACCGCGUCUUCAAUGAAAAGAGUGAAGCCAGAAGCCAUCAAUGUCAGUUAUAAAUUGUUAAAGUCAUUAUUAGCAAUGACGAUUUUCCACUUCCUUCUAAUAAUAUCAGCAUGUGCUGUUUGUAUUGUUUGUGGACAAGCUGGUAUUAAUAGUUCUGGUCUUUCUUUAACGGCGACAUUAAUUGUCCUUUUUCAAGGACUUCCUUGUAUAAUGAUUUUAAUAUUAUCGCAUAAGCCAUUUCGAGCAAUGAAUUGUGCCACAUUGGUUCAUGCUUCCGCAUUACGCGUCAAACUUGUUGUACCACCAACCUCGAGUUAUUUCACUUUUAUUAAGUAUCUAUCCAAUCUUGAUAUAUUUAUGACCUACCUUCUCGCGUUAAACCCAAUACUUGUGGUAAUUUUAAUGAUUGAAGAUCAGUAUACAGUUAAGAUGUUUUAUUUCAACAUUCUGUCGGCUAAUGUGCCGCCGAACUUUUUUUCGAACAGUUUUGUCGCCUCAACAGCGUCGACACCCAACUUCAAGAUUGCUGUCAAAAUUCUAAUGAUCGAUGUUCUAUACGCAGUAGUUGUGUCUUGCGCAUUCCCAAUUGUCGCUUAUUCGAUACUUUAUUCGUGUAAAGAUUCAAUAUCAGAAGUUGUUGCAAAAGCUCACAAGGUUUUUUUGAGAAGCACAUUAUUCACGGCUAUUAUUUUCUUUGUGUUUGUGCUCAUCCCAUUUGCUUGUUUGGUCGUCUGUACGGAAUUGAAACUGUAUGAUCAAAUUCUUACAAAUGCUGUGAUUUUCUUUAUAAACAUUCAUGGAUUUGCUUCAACGACGACAUUACUUAUCACGAACAAGCCUUAUCGAAAGAUGAUCGCGAGACAUUUGAGGAUCAGUAUGUUGAUAUCUUUACCAAUUAAUAAGUUCAAUUCGAAUCUUGAAGUCACUCGUCAAGAGGUUCAUUAUCGCGUUUCGUCCGAUUCGGUGAAAUGA